AUGCAGAAGAGCUCGGGAGACGAUGACAUCCUCCCUCCAGAUGUGCAUUGCCAGCAGUUCAGACAGUUCAGCUACCAGGAGGCCGAGGGGCCCCGAGAGGUGCAGGAGAGGAUGGCGCAGAAGCGUUAUCACAGGGCAGCUUUUCCAGGUGAUGCCAUACAUUCUUUGCCGUCUCCUUGUGGCAGAGAAAAGGAGGCUUCCGUGCAGCCAGAUCAGGUGACCUUUGAGGAGGUGUCAGUUCAUUUCACUGAGGAGGAAUGGGCCCUGCUGGAUCCAGACCAAAGAAGGCUUCACAAGGAAGUAAUGGAGGACAAUUAUGAGAAUGUGGCCUCUCUGGUGGCAGAUGGUACCCAGAAAAAGCCUGAGGGUGAACCACAACACCUUCAAUUUGACGGAAAACAGCAGAAGAGAAACACUGGAACAAAAAAGAAGAGGGGGAAUGAAUGCUCUACUUCUCAGGCUGCUGAAUCCCAGGUUGAUACAAACUGGAGAAGCCACACAGGAGAGAAACCUGAUAAAUGCUUGGAGCGCAGAAGGAGCUUUGCUUGGAAGGUAGACGUUUCUGACCAUGAGCAUAUCCACACUGGAGGAAAACCAUAUAAAUGCUUGGCUUGUGAAAACAGCUUUCUUCAAAGUUCACAGCUUAUUGCCCAUCAUUGUAUCGACACUGGGGAGAAGCCAUAUAAAUGCUUGCAGUGUGGAAAGAGCUUUGCUCACAGUUCACAGCUUAGUUCCCAUCAGCGUUUCCACACUGCAGAAAAACGUUAUAAAUGCUUGCAAUGUGGAAAGAGCUUUGCUUGGAGUUCACAUCUUAGUAGACAUCAGCAUAUCCACACUGGGGAGAAACCUUAUAAAUGCUUGGAUUGUGGAAAGAGCUUUGUUUCAAGUUCAGCCCUUACUGCCCAUCAGCAUAUCCACACUGGGGAGAAACCAUAUAAAUGCUUGGAUUGUGGAAAGAGCUUUGUUUCAAGUUCAGCCCUUACUGCCCAUCAGCAUAUCCACACUGGGGAGAAACCUUAUAAAUGCUUGGAGUGUGGAAAGAGCUUUGCUCGGAGUUCACAGCUUAUUAGACAUCAGCGUAUCCACACCGGGGAGAAACCUUAUAAAUGCUUGCAGUGUGGAAAGAGCUUUGCUAUGAGUUCAAAUCUUACUUCCCAUCGACGUAUGCACACUGGGGAGAGACCUUAUAAAUGCUUGCAAUGUGGAAAGAGCUUUGCUCGGAGUUCACAUUUUACUACGCAUAAGCGUAUCCACACUGGGGAAAAACCUUAUAAAUGCUCGCAGUGUGGAAAGAGCUAUGUUUCAAGUUCAGAUCUUACUAUCCAUCAGCGUAGCCACACUGGGGAGAAACCAUAUAAAUGCUUGGAUUGUGGAAAGAGCUUUGUUUCAAGUUCAGACCUUACUGUCCAUCAGCGUACACACACUGGGGAGAAACCUUAUAAAUGCUUGGAGUGUGGAAAGAGCUUUGCUCGAAGUUCACAGCUUAUAAGACAUCAACGUAUCCACACUGGGGAGAAACCUUAUAAAUGCUUGGAUUGUGGAAAGAGCUUUGUUUCACGUUCGAACCUUACUGUCCAUCAGCGUAUACACACUGGGGAGAAACCUUAUAAAUGCUUGCAGUGUGGAAAGGGCUUUGCUCAGAGUUCACAGCUUAGUAUCCAUGAGGGUAUCCAUACUGGGGCGAAACCUUAUAAAUGCUUAGAGUGUGGAAAGAGCUUUGCUUGGAGUUCACCACUUCCUGUCCAUCAACAUUCGCACACUGGGGAGAAACCUUAUAAAUGCUUGGAGUGUGGAAAGAGCUUUGCUCAGAGUUCAGACCUUACUGGCCAUCAGCGUAUUCACAAUGGGGAGAAACCAUAUAAAUGCAUUCAAUGUGGAAAGAGCCUGGAUAACCUACAAGAACCAAUGUCGAAAGAGCUUUGCGCGGAGUUCACUGCUUAUGCUGCAUCAACAAAUUAA